AUGCUCGCGGCAGCUCCACUUCUCGCGGCUGAAUCAGGGAGACCACCAAGUGCCCCCCUCGGGCAGCUGGAUAAACCACCUGCAGCUCAGCCAGGCAGUGGCAAGGCGCACAGUGACAGAGGGGCAAGCCCGACGCCACCCGACGUGGCUGCGUCCAGUGAUCUUUCCGUUGCCUCAAGUCUCCCGAAUGAAGCGUCUCCCCGGGCGGCCGCGGCCCGACGUGGGGGCACUGGGCUCCUCCUGGCGCGGCCGCGCUUCCGGGAAGGGCCUGGGAACGGCCGGGGCGGGCGGGAGGAAGUGGGGCCUCUUCAUCGGGUGGACGUCAGUGGGGUGCAGGGGGUGAGUGAUGGAUGGCGGCUGCUUGUCAGUUUGGAACUGAAAUUCCAGGCUGGCUUUGCCUGGCCCGGAGAGCCAGCCCAGGCCCGGGACGGUGGGCCCCGCGGCGCACGACUUCUUACCGUGUUGUGCACACACGCGCUGAGCCUGCCCCGCGGAGAGACGCAGCUGCUGGAGCUCGUCGGUCCCCGGCCCCGUGUCUCGAGGUUUGGUUCCGGAAGACUGAGCUGGCAGCUUCCCCGGGUUUCGCCCGCCCUGAAGGACAGCAAGGCUGGGCAUCAGGUGAAGAGCGGGCUCUCCGUGCAUCCUGUCGAGACUUAUGAGACGAGGGAGGCCCUGGAGGGAAAGGGACUUGGUGAAGUUCUCUGUGGCACGGCCGGCACCUGUGACAACAUCUUUCCGUGGUUUAUGAGCCUGAGUCACAGCAGGAGACUAUCAGAAGUCCAUCGAGGGACACACACACUCAGAUCCAAGCUUCCGGCAGAAGUGUGGGCGUGAGCAGCACCGGCGGGGAGGCGACGGCCAUGGCAGAGCUUGGGACGUGCUCUAAACUGCAGACGGCUGAAGCAGAGCGGGCGUCCACCUGUGUCUCCAGGCCUCGGGACACCAGGCAGAGGACCCGCGGAGGACUGAGGGCUGUCACCAGCCCUGCAUGCAGCUGCUCGUCUUAACCUGCUGCCCCGGGGGAAAGUGCUUUCCAUGACCCCGGCACACAGCGCAAAAUGCAAAAGACUCAAGCCAGGGUCUGGGGGCUCGUCCCUGCCCCCACACUGUCUCCUUCCCCAGAGGCAAACCCGCCACCAGAUUCCAAGAGAUCCUUUUGGGGGUGUCCUUUAUGGGUUGACGCUACUGUACCUUAUUUCAUGAUGAAACUGGUCGUGCACCACACUGCUGCUUGCUUCACCCCUUGCAGAGUGUGGACCUGCGUGAGCUCCAGUGCUUGGCUGACAGCAGCUGUAAGGCCGACGCGUCCCUGUGUUUGGCUCACACGUGUGGGAGGGUGUCUUCAGUGGAAUCCUUGGAGGGGGCUCCUGGUGGAAGGGACAUGUGUGUAAUGGACACGUGCGUGUGUAAUUUGAAUAGAUAUUGCCGAAUGGCCUCCACCAAAAUUGUGCUAUUUUACAAACAACCACGACGCAUGAAGGCAUGUCUUCCCAACGUCUGGUGAACGUGGCGUGUCACCGAGUUGGGACAGCCUGGAAAUGAAAGCCAGCAUCUUGCUGUCAAUUUAAAUCGCUUUUCUCUUAUCGUGAAUGAUGUCGAGCAUCUUUGCGUGUGCUCAGAAGCUGUUUGCAUUUACUUUCCUGUCUCAUUUUGGUCUUUUUAUGAGAGUCUUUAAGUAUUAGAGAUGUGUGCGCUUUGUGAUAUUAAUAUAAACUCCAAUUUCACGUUUGCCUCUCAAGUUUCCUACAGAAGGUUAGGCUAGGCAGAAAGAAAACUUAAUUUUUACAUAGUCAUUUUCAUCUCUUUUUUUUUCCCAUUUUGAUUUUAUCCUUAUAAAGUUAUUCCUCCCACUAAAAUAAAGAAA